AUGGGUACCGAAAAGACAGACCCUACUGCUUAUCACAAUAGCAAAGGCGAAUUCUCUGAUGUCUCAGAUCAUGAUGGAGAGUCUGUUCAGUCCCCCCCGCGGCACACCCUCCAACGUAAGCUCAAGAAUCGUCACAUUGCUAUGAUCAGUAUUGGUGGUGUCAUCGGUACUGGUCUUUUUGUUGGGACCGCAAACUCUCUGGCGAAUGGAGGCCCCAUCGGUUUGUUGCUCGGCUAUGUGGUCAUGGGCUCCAUCGUCUAUUCCGUCAUGGUCACUUUGGGAGAAAUGAUUGCUUUCCUGCCUAUACCUGGUGGUCACAUCAAACUGGCCGAGCGCUUCGUUGACCCUGCAUUCUCUUUUGCAAUGGGUUGGAAUUAUUGGUAUAACUGGACGAUUGUCUCGCCCCUCCUGACAUUUGUCGUCCCAGCCGAGCUAUCUGCUGCUGCAUUAUUGAUGAACUAUUGGAAUCAAACUGUCAACGACUCAGUAUGGGUCGUCAUGUGUCUUGUCGUCGUUCUCACCAUUAAUAUGCUCGGUGCUGGCGCUUACGGCGAGGCGGAAUUCAUCUUUGCAUCCAUCAAGGUCCUCACAAUCACCGGUCUUAUCAUUCUCGGUAUAGUCCUCGAUUUAGGAGGUGGCCCAGACCACGACCGCAUUGGAUUCCGUUACUGGAAAAAUCCUGGACCGUUUGUUCAGUAUAAUAACAUCGGAGGUGCCAAAGGACGAUUCCUUGGCUGGUGGGCUGUCUUGACACAAGCUGCUUUCUCGUUCAUUGGAACCGAGAUUGUUGCUAUUGCUGCUGGAGAAGCGAAGAAUCCUCGUCGUACCUUGCCCAAAGCCAUCCGUCGAGUAUACAUCCGUAUAUUGCUUUUCUACAUCGGUGGAACACUUGUCAUCGGUCUGCUUGUACCAUCCAACAACCCAUAUCUUAAAUUGAACAGUGGAACUGCCGCGUCUCCAUUCGUCCUUGCUAUCGAAACAGCCGGAAUUAAAUCUCUUCCUUCAAUUAUCAAUGCUUGUUUGUUGACCUCGGCAUGGUCCGCAUCAUCUAGUGACUUGUACACUUCGUCUCGUGCGAUUUAUGGUCUUGCAGCUUCAGGAAAUGCUCCCAAGAUCUUCCUUAAAACUACACGCAGUGGGUUGCCUUACGUUGCUGUCCUUUUCUGCGCCUCUUUCUCCCUUCUUGCCUUCAUGGCUGUGUCCAAGGGUGCGGGCACGGUGUUUGACUGGUUUUCCAACAUGACAGCCGUCGCUGGCCUUAUGACGUGGUUUGGUAUUUCGGUGACGUACCUCCGUUUCUACAAGGGCAUGCAGGUCCAAGGCAUCGACCGUAAGACGCUCCCUUACUACACAAAUCUCCAGCCAUACGCUGCGUGGUGGGGAGUCGUCUCAACGAUCACUGUCUGUUUCUUUAGCGGAUGGAGCGUGUUCCUCAAAGGAAAUUGGAAUACUGCAACUUUCGUCACCAACUAUAUCCUUCUUAUUACCUGGCCAAUCAUGUACUUUGGCGCUCGCUUCUACUAUGGCACCAAGCCCGUUGCCGCACAGGACAUGGACUUCAAGAGCGAUCUAGCUGAGAUUGCGGCGGAUACAUAUGACGAACCCCCACCAAAGAACAAGAUGGAAGCAUUCUGGCAAUGGCUGGUAAGUAUAGCUGCUCCACUUGGGAAUUUUUGA